AUGUUCCCGGAGCCAGAUUCUAUUGGAAAGUAUUUCCACGAACUUUUCAAAGUAUUGCCUGAUCAACAAAAGAGAAAGUCGGAAUGGAAGAAAUCAAAAAAAGGAAAAAGCCCCAGGGGAAAAGACAAAAAGAAGACCAAGGUCGAGGCACUCGGAGAUGUGUCAAGCCCCCCGGAGGUGGAGUUGCCAGGAAAUGCAUCAAACUUUGCUGUGUUUGCGACCGUUAGAAUGGUCGUAUUGGAGAAUUGGAUGAAGGAGGCAUGUGAAAUCUACCUCCAGUCUAGUGGUAGUUCGCCAACCACAUGUGUGGCAACCGAGUCUGAUACAGAUGAGGAAGAGCAAGAUGGAGAAAAGGACCAGAGUACUCCGCCUCGCAUUCCGAAGAUUGUCGGUGUCGGACUGCGCAGUGUGUUUGAGCUAAUCAGAGAGAGUCGCUUCACAUAUCCGGAGCUGUGCACCAAGGCUCUCAGUGCGCUGCUGGACGUGGUUCAAGGUCAACAGCCCGAAGGACUGAAAGCCGAGCCUGCUGAAGUCAUUGAGCCGUUGUUCAAACUAUUACUCGAGCUUGCCACCGGAGUUGGCAGUGAGGCGGCCGGGUCUCGCAAUGACGGAGCCAGUCUGACAGCCGUAGCAUGUGCUUGUCUGUUGAGUCUGGUGGUGGUACGAGGAGACACAGGGAAACUGCUGACUGCCACCUCAGCUCUGCUCAUGGCCCCUCGUACACUGGCGGGACAGAACAUCACGUUGCCUAAUGCUGUGGCAGCUCUACAGAGAAGUGUUCACGGUGUUUUGUUGGGGAAAGUUAUCAGACCAGAUUGGAUCACUCAUGGAGUACCGAAAACUGCCAAACUGACAUCCUUCAAGCUUAAACUGCCUGGAGAUGGCGGAGGCGUAUCAGCAGGUCGAGCCCUGGCUAGUGAUGGACACUACCUCUACCUUCAUUGUCCCCGAGGAUUGUUUAAGAUCGGCUCAGGAUAUUCAGGGACUAUCCGUGGACAUGUUUAUCUCUACAAACCCGACUUCUACUGUGACAAGCGUGGCUGGUUAGGAUUCGCUCAGGGUUCGCUCUACUAUCGCAGUCUGGACAAAGCCGAGCUGGUGGUGAUUGACACAAACAAUCUCAGCGUUCAGCAGAUCAUCCGGGUAGAGGUAGAGGGGGUUAUGUUUUCUGAUGGUGACCAGCUUGGAAUGGUGACGGCCACGAGAGAUGACAGUUUUGUGGUGCGUACACUGAACCUGUCCGGUGGUCCAGUGGGAGCCGGCGCAGAACUACCACUGAAGCUGGCGCGCAAGUGCGUGGACGUGUUUGGCACUGCAGCGUUUGACGAGGACAGCAACAUACACACCCUCAACACGGGCUGCGAUGACGAGGUGUCCACCGUCACUGCGGGCAAGGACUUCUGUCUAAUACGUACAACAUCUGGCAAGGUGCUGUACACUGGCAAAGCGUCUGCGCUGGGUCUCAAGCAGGGUGCUGCCGGGGGAGGGGGGAAGUGGCAGGAGCUGGUUGUGGCGAAGGCUCCUAGGAUAUCUCAUGUGGCUGCAGGCCAUGACGGACUACAUGCUAUACUGCUGGCCGAGGACGGCAGCGUCUACUUCACUGGCACUGCACGCAGAGGGGAGGACAGCGAUUCUAACAAAGGAAGACGACAACUGAAGGCAGUUAAGCCCAAGAAACUCACCAAGAUGGAGUCAUCGUUUGUUGUGACGGCAGCUUGUAACAACGGGACAACAGCGUUGGUCACCAAAGAUGGGGAAGUUCACAUGUUCGGCAAAGACACCACUCACUGUGAUCCAGCUUCGGGUCUAGUUACUGAUUUGAAGGACGUACAUGUCACCCAAGUAGCUUUGGGCAAGGCUCAUGCAGUCGUGCUUACCAACAAAGGACAAGUCUUCACAUUCGGGAUUAACAACAAGGGCCAGUGUGGCCGAGAGUUUGCCCUGCAGGUCAAAGAAGCUCAAACGGUGGUCGCCAUGGAGAUGGCUGUAGAGGAGGAGGGGGGAGAGGAGGAGGAAGGCGAGUGGGAGGAUGCACAGGACGCAAUGUGUGCGCCUGGACAACACAAGUGGAAGCAUGACUUGUGCAUGGUGUGCACUGUUUGUCGGGAGUGCACAGGCUAUAGCAUUAGCUGCCUCAGCUCCAUGCGACCCGACCGCAACCCUGGACAGGAGUGUGGUUGUGGGGAGGGUGACUCAGGCUGCGCAGAGUGUGGAUGUUGUAGGAUCUGCGCCAAGGAGAAUGUCGACAACUCGGAGUUGGCCAUCCUGGGGCCGAGCGGCGCAGGAGACAUAGCGGGCAUGAUGCGGCUCGAUCUCAUCUUUGGAGGACGACAUGGAGCAAGACUACAAGAUCAUCUUCAACGGAGACUAGAGGAGCGUAAACAGAGACAAAGAGGAAAGUUGGGCUCAAAACAUAACGGACUGAAGCUGAAAGGAGCUAACAACCGAGCGGGGCCGAGCGCUCCGAUCAUGCCUGCUCCUGCCAAGCCGCCCAUACCAUUCAGGAGCACUGCACCUCCUGCUCUUGUUGUAGAAGAGGUUGCUGGAGGGAGUGAUGUAGAACGGGAGGCGAGUAGAGUUUCCUCUCUUCCUCCUGGGAAAGUUCAUCUACCUAGUGAUUCCCCUGUGGUACAGAUAGCAUGUGGACUCCAUCAUACUGUGCUGCUUACACAGAAUGGAGAAGUGUUAACUUUCGGUAGCAACAGCUAUGGCCAACUAGGAGUAGGUGACAUGUUGACUAGAGGAGGACCUGUGGUAGUGAAACUGCCUGGUGUAGCUACAGGUAUAGCAGCUGGCAGCAACCAUACUGCUGUACUGCUAGCCAACGGACAAGUCUACACCUUCGGCAGCUAUCAGAAGGGCCAGCUGGGUCGAGCCCCGCCUGAAGGAGUGUCAGCACUAAGUGGGUCUGGUGGGGGUAGGAAGGGUGCAGGGUGGCACUGUACCCCCACUAGUGUGCCCGGGGUAGGCCCCCGUCACGGUCGUAGAGCCACCUGGGUCGGGGCCUCGGCUGAUCAGACGUUCCUGCGGAUAGACGAGAGUCUGAUCAACCCAUUCACACUCAAACAGAGCACCGUCAUGGCUAACAAGGCUUGCCUUUUGCUGCUGCCCACCCACUGUGAGUUGUCCAAGUCAUUCAAGUGUCUGGUGAUCAACAAGAGGGAUGGUAACUGCGCCAGCUUCCAAGGGGCCGACCAGGUGGACUUUACCAGCACAGCUGCUUGUCUCGACCCUCUCUACAACAUACUUUGGAGCUACAGUGAAACGGGGGACUCGCCUGAAGUAGUGUGUCACCACGUAGUGUGCUGUGAGACUCGGUUGGAGGUGGCAGCAUGUAUACUGUCUCCUCAACUGUCACUGCCAUGGACACCGGGGUGUCUGGUGACUAGGACACAGGCUGCGCUUCAUCUGCUGGGAGUGCUGGACACACUGACAGCCGCGCAGGAACGCAGACUCACUCUGUGUCCACAGGGCGACACUGCAGACCCGCAGGACAAGGUGUUCAUUUGGGACGACUUCUCUACGGUCAACCGGUUUGAAAGCCAUGGUGGAGGCUGGGGCUACUCAGGACACUCAAUAGAAGCCAUCCGCUUCAUGGCGGACACAGACAUCCUGCUGGCUGGCUUUGGCCUGUUUGGAGGCCGUGGUGAAUACACAGGAAAAAUCAAGCUCUACGACAUCGGCAUGGAGGGAGGCGAGCAAGAGAAUGACGGAGACAUGGUGGCCGAGACAGAAGAGGUGCCUUACGAGUGUGGUCCCAGGAUGAAGUACCCGAUGCUCUUUGACGAUCCUAUCCCCCUACAGGCCAACCGUUGGUACGUAGCGUGGGCUCGUGUCAGUGGACCUUCCAGUGAUUGUGGUUCUAGUGGCCAAGGGAUGGUCUGCACUGAAGACCAGGUGGUGUUCUACUUCAAGUCGUCCAAGAAGUCCAACAACGGUACAGAUGUCAACGCAGGUCAGAUCCCCCAGCUGUUGUACCGUGUGGUCACUCCUGAGAAUCAAACUGCCGCAAGACAGACGGACUGUGCUGAGCCUGUGUACAUACUCAGCAAGGAGUUCUCCAGAGCUGUGUCUACUGAUUGUUUCCGCUCGCUGCUGAGUCUGCUGCAGUGGUCCUGGGCAACAUUCAAGUCCGCCCUGGUGCAGACGACAGUUACUGUAGUCCCUGGCACUGGCAGUUCCACCACUAGUCACCUGGUUGCUCUGCUGGACCUGGAGAGACUGGUCUAUAUCUGCAGAGCCAGUCUGCGGCUGAUCAAGACUUACAUCAAUGAGAUCUACCCCAAUAGAGUGUCACACAAGAAGGUCGCCCAGGAGUCAGUAAGGCUGGCCGAGUGUGUUGGUGAUGUUAGAGCGCUGCUACGUACCAUCCUGUCAGACUCUCUGCCCUCCCUACGCAAGAAGACUCAGGGGAGUCAGUACAGCAAGAUGUGCUUGGAGAUCUUAGAAGAGUGUCACCAGACGUUUGUGGCCUGUUUUCAUGCUUUCUAUCCCACGGCUUUUCUCAAGUGGACGGCACUAUGUGAUCUCCUAGCUUCUAUGGAAAUGAAUGCAGACAUAGACCGGCUGGUGAGUGCCGUGGUGGCAGCUUUGUGCAGUCCCACCGUAAGACUCCGCUCUACAUUUCCCAUCCCCACCUCACCUGACGGGGACUCCCAGCAUCCUCUGCGGCGACAGCUGUCCCCCUCAGACAACUCGGGACUACCCAUGAUGCCUGGUGUGGAUACCCACCACUACCCCAUCUUGGUGGAACAGAUGAGCAUACGCAACCAGGUGGACGCAGGAUCUGUGUGGCAGUUCAAGGACGUGUUGGAUCGUCUGCUAGACAUUGUCACACAGAGUAUACAGCAGGCGCUGUGUCUAGAGAGAGUUUCUCACUCCACACAGCUGGUCACCAACUGCUGUCAUCUACUGGCCAAGGUUGUGGCUGAACUGGCAGCUCAGGCCAGAGGCAUUGAUGAGGACCUGGAAGGGGUUUGUGGUCGAGUUCUUCACGCGACACCCAACAGAUUCACACGGACCAACCAGAGCCGAACUUGGAACACAGGGAAUGGGUCACCAGACGCCAUCUGCUUCAGUGUGGACCGUGGCGGAGUGGUGGUGGCGGGUGUUGGUGUCUACGGUGGCACUGGCACCUACGACUAUGAGCUGGAGAUACUGGACGAUGUGAGCAACUCUAACAGUGAUGCUUCCCAUGGUCAACGCUGGAACAGUCUGCAGCUAACGAGGGGAUCUUUUGGACCUGACGAUUGCGGCACUGACGACAUUGUGGAGCUCAUGUUCGACUACCCUGUCUACAUCAAGGAGAAUGUGAAGUACGCCAUCAGAUUGCGUAAUCAUGGUGGCCGCACUAGCAACGGUGACGGAGGUGUCAGCUCAGUCAAGGGCCCAGAUGGAGUGAUGUUCACCUACUCUACUUGCUCUUUGAACUUCAACGGAACGACACCUACACGUGGACAGAUACCAUACAUCCUCUACUUCAGUAACCCACAAGACUCAGAGGCAGUUGCACGAGGUCGAGGCGUUGUGGAACGUGAGGCUCGACGCGCGACACUCUCUCUCUGCGGGGCUGUGGUGUCACGCAGCGCAGAGUUGCUUAGUCUCGCGCGGGCCAGAGUCACUGAGGAGCCUCCUACUUGUACGGACGUGUUGGGAUCUGCCUGUCUGGUCACUACACUGCUGCCUCUCACACUGGCUCAUGUCAGUCCAUUGGCCACCUCGGACCCCAGGAGUGGAGUGCAAGUGCUGGGACUGAUUCAAGAGUUGUUACCUCAUGUGUCUGCCUUGAACCUGCUCAGUUGUGAGAUGGGCAAGUCUGUCACCUCCGUGGACACCAUCAGCUGUCCUGACACCCAGAACACCACCAGUCACCAUUAUGUCUGGGUGCAGAGUGAUCACCCGUACAAGCCUGCCACUGUCUACAACUACAGAGUUGUUUUCCCCGAGAGUGUCAAAUGGGUUUGUGUGGAGUUUGCCCCGGAGUGUUGUACAGCUCAGGCGGAGGACUCUCUACAGCUGUAUAUCCCCGCUUGUCCUGCUCCAACACCCCCGCCUGAGGACUCCCCCCGCUACUACCCUGUAUUGCACCGCCUCAGCAACGUACCUGCCCAGUGGCCUCAGUCUGCUGUGGUGUUACCUGGCAAUGAGGUGAUAUUUUCCCUUGAAACCGCAUCUGACUAUGUGAAGGACGAGAAAGCUUCGUUCUAUGGUUUCAAGUGCUUGGUGAUUGGCUACGAGUGGUCGCAAGGGUCCACUGAGGGACUGAGACACCUAGAGACAGAGUUGGCCUUCCUCGGUGGCAUGUGUGCUGCGUCUCUCAUGAAACGUGACCUCGUCCUGCCUGUGUCCUCAGUGGAGGAGUUAGAAGAAGACAUAGAAGCUGUGGAAGACAUCGCUCAACUGAUCUACACCAAACACUCGAGUCUGCUGGGCAAAGGAUUUGCGCUCUCCAGUGCUCCUACCAUCAACCAGGCGCUCGAAGGAGUUCUCCCAUUCAGUUACGUCACCAACCACAGACCAGUGUACAACUCAGCCGUUGGAAUGUUUGAGUGUUUGUUACAGUUGAAUGUUAUCCAAGCCGCCAUCAGAUGA